GAACAUCUCGUAGCUUCACAAGUGAGGCGUGGGGUCCUUGGGCAGUAUUUCUCGUUCCCUCAAUAUUAUAUUCGGUUAUUGGUUUAGUUGUCGGACCGGUCUCUCCAGACUUCAUUAUGCGUGAACUAGACCCGCUAGUGGGCGUGUACCAGCACGAUAGGCAUCGACCGAGGGAGUCGGAGGCCCUUUUAAUCCUUCGAAAGAUAGCUUCAUUGGUAAGACCGAUAAUGCGCCGACGGUCAUGGAGAGUUGGAACACUCUGCGAGUUCUUUCCACAGCAGCGGAACCUUCUUGGCCUUAAUGUCAACGGUGGGGAGAAGAUCUGUCUGCGCCUCCGACAUGCCGGGGACCAGAGCCAGUUUCUACCGCUUGAUCAGGUAGUAGACACCAUGCUACACGAACUGUGCCAUAUUGUACACGGCCCACACAACCAACAGUUCCAUGCCCUCUGGAACCAACUACGCGAUGAACAUACAGAACUCACCAUGAAAGGCUACACCGGCGAAGGCUUUCUAUCACAUGGAAGGCGUUUGGGCGGAGCGAAGGUGCCUAUUGAUGAGGCUCGUAGGAGAGCCAGAGCUGCUGCAGAGCAGAGGCGAACUCUCUACGCCGGAUCAGGCCAGCGAGUGGGAGGGACAGGUCCAGCGCGAGGAGCUGAUAUGCGAAAGGUCAUAGCUGAUGCAGCUCAAAGACGCAUAGAAGUGACUCAGGGUUGUGCCUCCGGAGCUGACAACUCCACUGAGCUCGCGGAGGAGGCUUCCAGGAAUGGCUUCCGAACAAAGGCCGAGGAAGAUGAUGCAAACGAACAAGCGAUCAUGCAGGUCUAUAUUGAUUUAAUUGAGGAAGAAGAAAGGGAGAAGUACGGACCAUCGUAUAUCCCCCCAAGUCAGGAUAACCCAGCAGGAUCUCGAACAACCCUCACGCCUCCGCCGGUACCUGAACACAGCAAGCCAAGCCUGCCGCUUGUAUGCCGAAUCUUGGACUUGUCCGGUUUGCACGCUGGAAAACCCAUCCAACUUUCUGUGUUGCGAUGCAUGUGCAUCCGAACGUCCUCGGCCUGUCAUUUCCCGGUCGGUUUCUGGGCCCCCCAGCACGGCGAGGUCCAGCUCCACGACUACGCCCAGUAG